AUGCCCAAUGGAGAAAUAGUUAAUCGUUUGUGGCUUGUUUAUUCGAUUAGUAAGGAUGCUGUUUAUUGUUUUUGCUGCACACUGUUUCGAACUAGUUUACCAAAUAAUUCGAAUAGAAGUGGGUUGGUAAGUGAAGGAAUUAGGGACUGGAAGCACUUGUCUGAAAAGUUAUCUGAACAUGAACGAACUCCUGCUCAUAAUCAAACAAUUACAAUUUGGAUGGAACUAAAAAUGCGAAUUUCGACUUUAAAUACUAUAGAUAAACAACAACUGAGUCAAAUUGAAAAGGAGAAAAACCAUUGGCGAGAUGUACUUGUAAGAAUUUUAGCUGGUAUUCAUUACUUAGCAAAACACAACGAUGCAUUUAGAGGAUCAUCUGAUGUUGUUUAUACUGAACAUAAUGGAAAAUUUCUCGGGUACAUCGAAACGUUAGCUAAGUUUGAUCCCGUAAUAAUAGAGCACGUUAAACGAAUUAAAUGUAAAGAAACCCACGAUCAUUAUCUCAGUCAUGAUAUUCAAGAUCAACUUAUAACAUUGAUUGCGAAUAAAAUAAAAAAUAAAAUAGUAGCGGUCAUACAUAACUCAAAAUAUUAUUCAAUUAUGAUGGACUGUACGCCAGACAUUAGUCACAAAGAGCAAUUAUCAUUGAUAAUUAGGGUCGUGGAUAUGGAUACCGAUAAUGAGCUAAGUGAUCCAACGAUUAAAGAAAUGUUUAUGGGGUUUAUUAAUAUUAAUUCUACGACAGGAUUACAAUUGACAAACGUGCUAUUAGAAAAACUAAAAGACAAUAAAAUUGAAAUAAAUAACUGCCGAGGCCAAGGCUAUGAUAAUGGCGCUAAUAUGAAGGGUCAAUAUCAAGGUGUUCAAGCACGAAUAAAAAAUUUAAAUUCCAGGGCAUAUUUUACCCCAUGCGCAGCACACAAUUUAAAUUUACUACUGGGAGACUUGGCCAAAACCUCAACUAAAGCUGUUUCAUUUUUUGGUGUGGUUCAGAGAUUAUAUUGUUUGUUUUCGUCUUCUACUAGCCGAUGGGACAUUUUAAAAAAAUAUUGUAAUUUAUAUACUUUAAAACCACUGUCAGAAACUCGUUGGGAGUGUAGAGUAAAUAGCGUAAAAGCUUUGCGCUUUCAGUUACCAAGUGUAAUUAAAGCUUUGGAAGAAAUGGCAAAUACAACCAACGAUCCAAAAACAAGAAGUGAAGCCAAUUCUUUAGUAGUAAAUGAAUUAAAUAGCUAUGAAUUUGUGUUAAGUUUAGUGAUCUGGUAUGAAAUUCUAUCAGAAAUCAAUGUUGUAAGUAAGAGCUUGCAAAGUAUAAAUAUGCAUCUGGAUUUAUCCACCAAUUUGCUAAAUGGACUACUAACAUUUUUUGAACAAUAUCGUACUACGGGAUUUGAUUCUGCUAAAAUAACAGCCAACACAAUUUCAGAGGACUUAGAUAUUGAAAUAGAAUUUUAA